UGUGCGGCCUAACGGUGGUGGCGAAGGUGGCAGAGGCGGAGGGGGAGGAGGAGGCGUAGGAGGUGGUGGUGGCGGCGGAGACGCUGGUGUUGGCUAGCGGUACGCCUGCAAUUCCCGGGAGGAACCCGGGCCGUGGGCCGAGGCGGGAGACUCUCUGCGAUGGUGGGCGUCCCUGGAGCGGCCGCCUUCCAGCUUGUUUCUGAGAAAAGGGUCCCAGCAAUGCCUGGAUCGCCUGUGGAAGUAAAGAUACCGUCAAGAUCUUCACCACCCAUCAUGCCACCCCUCCCACCAAUAAAUCCUGGAGGACCGAGGCCAGUGUCCUUUACUCCUACAGCAUUAAGUAAUGGCAUCAACCAUUCUCCUCCUAACCUGAAUGGUGCACCAUCCCCACCACAGAGAUUCAGCAAUGGUCCUGCCUCUUCCACAUCAUCAGCACUAACAAAUCAGCAGUUGCCAGCCACUUGUGGUGCUCGACAACUCAGCAAGUUGAAGCGGUUUCUUACCACUCUGCAGCAGUUUGGCAAUGACAUCUCACCUGAGAUUGGAGAGAAGGUUCGGACACUUGUCUUAGCACUGGUGAACUCAACAGUGACAAUUGAAGAAUUCCAUUGCAAGCUCCAAGAGGCCACAAAUUUUCCUCUUCGUCCUUUUGUGAUUCCAUUUCUCAAGGGCCCAGCACUGGGAAAACUGCCUCUUCUUUUCAAGGCCAACCUGCCCCUGCUGCAGCGGGAACUGCUGCACUGUGCUCGGGCUGCCAAGCAGACCCCAUCCCAGUACUUGGCCCAGCACGAACACCUUCUGCUUAACACCAGUAUCGCAUCUCCUGCCGACUCUUCUGAGCUGCUCAUGGAGGUACAAGGAAAUGGGAAGAGGCCCAGUCCAGAGAGGAGAGAAGAAGGUAAUUUUGAUAGAGAUACUGUUCCUCCUGAACCUCCUGCCAAGAGAGUGUGUACCAUCAGCCCUGCUCCUCGGCAUAGUCCUGCACUCACUGUUCCCCUUAUGAAUCCAGGGGGCCAGUUCCAUCCCACUCCUCCACCUCUUCAGCACUACACCUUAGAAGAUAUUGCAACUUCCCACCUGUAUCGGGAACCCAACAAGAUGCUAGAACAUAGGGAAGCUCGUGAGAGGCACCACAAUCUUGGUCUAAAUGGAGGCUAUCAGGAUGAAUUGGUAGACCAUCGUUUGACAGAGAGGGAAUGGGCUGAUGAAUGGAAACAUCUUGACCAUGCCCUGAACUGCAUAAUGGAAAUGGUGGAGAAAACCAGGCGCUCUAUGGCAGUUCUCAGGCGCUGUCAGGAAUCUGAUCGGGAAGAACUGAACUACUGGAAAAGACGAUUUAAUGAAAAUACAGAGAUGAGGAAAACAGGGACUGAGUUGGUCUCCAGGCAACACAGCCCCGGGAGUGCAGAUUCUCUAAGUAGUGAUUCUCAACGGGAAUUCAACAGUAGACCAGGAACAGGAUAUGUACCUGUAGAGUUCUGGAAGAAAACAGAAGAAGCUGUGAAUAAAGUGAAAAUUCAGGCCAUGUCUGAAGUACAGAAGGCUGUUGCUGAGGCUGAGCAAAAAGCUUUCGAAGUGAUUGCAACAGAGAGAGCUCGAAUGGAGCAAACCAUAGCAGAUGUCAAACGACAGGCUGCAGAGGAUGCCUUCCUCGUCAUCAAUGAGCAAGAGGAGUCCACGGAGAAUUGCUGGAACUGUGGCCGCAAAGCCAGCGAGACAUGCAGUGGCUGCAAUAUUGCGAGGUACUGUGGCUCUUUCUGCCAACACAAGGACUGGGAGCGGCACCACCGCCUCUGCGGCCAGAGCCUUCAUGGUCAGAGUCCCCACAGCCAGAGCCGACCGCUGCUGCCCGGAGGGAGGGGCUCCUCAGCCAGGUCCACUGACUGCAGCGUGCCCAGCCCAGCCCUGGACAAGACCUCAGCCACCACCUCACGUUCCUCAACACCUGCCUCUGUGACAGCCAUCGACACCAAUGGACUCUGAGCCCCACACUCCACUGACCCUGAUGACCCCUCCACACAACAGAUCUUUGCAUGGGGGUUGGCUAUUGGAGCAUGUAGCUGUUGGAUCAUCCAUAGGAAAUGAAGCAGCGACAGGACUCAUCCAAGCAGUGUGGGCCCCACCCCACCUCCCUGGAACUUUCCAUCUGUGUCCUUGGUGGAAGUAGUGUGCCAUGCUCUCUGCACAAAGGCAGCCUGCCUGAGCUGUCUCCUCCAUGGCUUUCCUAGUGUGCUCCUCUCCCACUGAAGCUGGCAAAGCCAGCCCUUGGCUGUGUAGACCACCAGCUCACCCUGCCUCCAUGAGUCAACAGACUAUCAAUGUGACCAGCCAGGCUGGCAGCAGACUGAGGAGGAGGCCCCCUUCCCUCUUGAACAGUUCCUUGAACCCCAUUUCCACCCUCAGCAGGUGACGCUGAUUGGCCUCUUGGGGACUUGGGUAGGCAGAAGCAGUACUCAGGACUCCCUUCUCAACCCUGCUGUUCCAACCUGUUAAGAUGCUCAGAAACAAUAGGAAAGAAACUACCACUUUAAUAAAAACACCAUAAUAAUAAAAAGAAAUAAAUCUUCCCCACACAUCACAGAUCAUUUUGGACAAGAUUUUCCAACCCAACUGGCUACUUUAGUUUGGAACCCAUUUUUGUACCCUCCCUCACUUGAUUUUGCUUGUGCAGAAGUUAAUUUUCAGCACAUGGAUUGAUCUGAGAGAGAAAGAGACUCCUUUGUGUUAGUCUUUUCUCUCUGAGCAUGUUGGCCAGACUAGCAACAUCCAGUUACUGAGUGGAUCAUCUCUUGGAAAUGCAGAACCCUCUGCCACUGCUUGACUGUUUGCCUAGUCAUCUUGUUCUUUGUUCUUCUAUCUCUCAGACCACGUCUGGAUCACCAUGACGUCUUCUGCCCAUCGGCUCUGUUUGGCCCCGUAGGCUACAGUUGUCCCGCUGAUGUGCUGUAGUGUGUCAGCAGGACUUGCCCCACUUGUCAAGGCCUGGUUUCAUCUGAGUAGUAACCCUGGACCUGAAGGAAUCCCUCAGACCUCGUGGUUUCAUAGCCUUCUACCUGCUGCAUUGAUUCAUUUUCAAGCACACAAUUUCCCUUAGGUUUUCUGAAACCUUUCCCCUGAGCUCAGAAAGGUUCUUUGAAGUGUGGGAACCAUUUGUAGAAGGCUGACAAAUUUUUAUUCCCAUUUCCAGGGAUUUUUCUAGCUACUUACUUGGCUGUCCAAACAUGAUUUUACUGUACCCUUGCAGAGUGUUUGGGCACUGUCUCAUACACAUCCCUGCCAUUUAGGGAACCUAGGGUCCUACCCCGUGGAGGUAGUUAGGGUGAGUUGGUGGCUCUGCCCCUGCUGGCCUGUGAAAGCCACGAUCUGAUCACUGCCCUCAGUGCACAGACUGAGUCUGAAGUAAAAGCUCCGUUCCUUAAAGGAAUGGGAUCGACACAGGUGGCAUUUUCCUUGCAUACAGGUGUGUCUCUAAAAACUUAAGUCCCCGAUAUACUUUGACCAAGGAUUUUCAAUUUUACAAAGAAACUUGGAGAAGGGUAUUGUGGUCCAUGCCUGUAAUCCUAAUCCCAGCCCUGAGAUGCUGAGGCAGAAGGAUUUCAAGUUUGAGCCUGUGCUGGGCGAUUCAGCAAUUUAGUGAGAUCCUGUCUCAGAAUUUUAAAAAGGGGGACACGUGCGGAUGUAGCUGUGUGAAGGCUGUAGCUUCAAUCCCCAGUACUGCUCAAAAAGGGGAGAGGGGAAACACAACUCAAUACAAGACACCUUUAUUUUUUGAGUUUUUUUGAGAUGGGGUCUCAACUAUUGUAAUUCAGGCUGGCCUCAAACAUGCAGCAGUCCUCCUGUCUCAGCCUCUCCCCAGUGCUGGGAUUACAGAAGUAUACCACCAUACCCAGCUAAGGCACCUGUAAAAUACUUAGAUUUCCGUUGCCUAAGGUAAGGAACUCAGAGAAAGAAUAGAGAAUGGUGUUGCUUUGCCAGGGAACACCUAAGACCCUCUGUCUUCCAUUCUCCAGGCACAGCUGGACCUCCCCAGCUCCCUGCCUUCUAGAGCCUCAGCAGCUGGGAGAAGCCUGGCUUUACCAGGCAUGGAGUCAGUGCCCGGACAGCACUUGGCCAUAACACAUGUGUAUCUCCUAAGAACACCAGGGAAUGUCUAAAUCAGUUAGAGCAAGAAGGUGUCUUACUGGGUACACUGGAUCUGUCCCUAGUUUGCUGUUUUUUCAUCAGGAAUUUGAAUGAACAUCUUAGGUUUUCUAAAUGUUUUGGGGUUUGUUUGGGGGUUUUUUUGAUACCGGGGAUCGAACUUGGGUCCUUGAGCUUGCGCAGCAGGCAGCAAAACCACUGAGCUAAAUCCCCGGCCCAGGCCCAUGGUUUUCUAAAUCUUAACUGGCCCCAUGACCAGCCAAAAAUGCUCAGGUUUUUAAUUGGUUGGAAUAAAGAGCCAAAACCAACAAAAUAAUACUUACCAGGGAUCAAGGCCAAUUUCUUCAGUUAAGAUUUAGGGUCCAGGGCCUGCCCUACUUUUGUGAGCUAUAGGUCUAGUUUUUGUUUGAAAGUUUGAAAGGCUGUUCUAGACUGCUUUACUUGUAUGCUACCUAGAAGCCCCUGUAGGCCUGAGCAGUGUCCACAAAGUUGAGCUCUCAGGCCUCUUGUGCUACUCCUGGUCAGGUCACACACAUGUCACUUGGGCAUCUGUCCAGAGGUUUGUCUUCAAAAUUAAAAGAAUCCUUUUCAAUGUGAUUCCCAAAUUCUCUUCACUCCCCAGCCAGGAGGAGGACCAGCUUCCCCAUUUGGUCUCCAGUUCUGCUGGUGCCACUCCAGCUACAAGGUUAGGAGUAGAUCCAAAGGCUUCACACACUCACCUACACUAGGAUUUAAAAGCAAAAGCAUCAGAAUAAUCAGGCUACUCAGAGCCCAUUUUCUUAUAGGUUGGGGAGUGGCACAAGGGUGGCAGGUCAGUCUCGGGCUCUUCGAUAGUAUCCUAGAAACCCAAAGCAAAGAGCAUCUCUGGAGUGUGAGGCCAGUGCUCACCAUCACCCACUGAGGGACAAUGAUGAGUAGAGGGACUUCCUAGUCCCCUGCUAAGUGAGGACUGGCUGCAGGAACCAGAGAACUCCAAAGCUAGCCAAAUCGGGAGCCAUCUUUAUAUGUCCCAAGGGGCUAGGUGUGGUAGCACACCUGUAAUCCUAGCACUUGGGAGGCUGAGGCAGGAGAAUCACAGCAAGUUUGAGGCCAUCCUGGGUAACCUAGUGAGUUCAAGACCAGCUAAACUACAUAGUGAGACCCUAUCUCAAAAAAACAAAUGUCCUGAGGGAUGCUUGAAGGCAGGGUAUUCCCAUCUUCCUUUGUGCUCUGGCUCCCCACUUGGCUGCACCAUGCCUUGUGCAGUGGGGAAGAACUUCAAGGCCACCUGCUUGGAAACAGGCAGUCCACCCUGCAAGGUGUGAGACUCUACCUUUGAGAUUCCCUGCAUCUCCAGGGCUGAAGCCUCAGCAGAUCUCAGGUAAGCACAGGUUGGGUUGACCUUUCCUAGGGAAUUGUGUGGAGUCAUGUCUGCCAAUGGAUCUGCAUCUGGAAACCAGAUACACUUGCCAGUGACUGGUCUGCACUUGGCAUUAGCUGCUGCCCUCUGCAGUAUGGGCUCCUUUGCCCAUCUGGUCCAGUUGGCCCCCCAAGAGUUCGUCACCAUUGGCAAGUCAACAUUUUGCUUUGUACAGUCCUGUCCCAAAGUUGACGUGAUCCCCAGCCUUGUCACCUGCUCACAAAGGAUGUAGGUAGUUCUGGAAGAUAGCUCCGCAAAUGUGUUCGAAGGUUCAGCAGCACAAUUGGAACUGUGUGGUAGUGAGUUCUACAGGCAGAAAGCAUAAAGAAUGACCAGAUGGCCAUUUGUCCUUGAAACUGAAGAAAGGCUGAAGAUUAAAGAAAUCAUUCCAAAUAGGACACAACUUGGAGCCUUUCUUCAGAGCUGAACUAGAACCAUUGUGUCCAGGCUCCCUGAUCAGGAGACCAAGCCAACUUUCUUAGAUGGUUUUUAGUUCUUUGCAGAGAACUGAGUGGUGGCACGUUUGAACCAAAUGUGAGAAAGACUUUGGCUGUUCCAGCAUAGGCCAGAUGGCCAGCUGUCAGAGAAGAUCCCUGCCCUGGCUGGGCUGGGUACUUGGCCAGCUGGUAGGCAGGUCCCUUCUGACUCUUGAGAGUAGUUCUUGUGAAACCAAAAUGUUGGCUACCUGCCUCUUGCCCCUGGGCAUUUGACAUGCUCACUUCCAAAGACAAUGGAGCAGGUGACCUUUCCCACCAUGAGGUAGGAGAGGGUUGGGAGGUCUGAAAGCCUGAUUUGACAAUUCACCUACCCUCCACAGCCCCAAGAUGGCAUUUCUCAUGCAGAACUGGUCUGGUCAGACCUCCAGCUGCCCAGUGUAUACUUUCAUUGAUGCUUAUACCAAAUAGGGCAUUGCAGCUGGUGUCUUGGGGCAGCCCUGUCCCUGCCUUGGAGUCAGCAGAGAGAAGAAGCAGCAAUAAGCAUUCAGUGAAAGGGCUGUUUGGCUAAAAGGCCUUCAGUCCACUUACGUGGCUUUCAGAAUUCCUGAGAGGCCACAAAGACUUCGUCUGUAAAAAAAACCAAUAGUGUCAAUAAAGACAAAACUGAGCCUCCACAAGUGGUUUUCAAAGGAGGGUGAUGAAUGUCAAACCACCCACAGGAUGCAUUAGAGUCCGGUUUUUCUGUGCUUUAUCAUUUUACUUUGAUAGGAAGUUUUGUUACUUAACUCUGUGCAUAACUUAUUUAAUGUACUGUAUAAAUGAACCAAAACCAUUAUAUAUGUAUUUAGUUUGUUCUACUGAAAGUAGUCAAUAAAAGGCUAUAUUCCUUU